AUGGGUGGUGCGUCAUGCGGAAAGGAUAAAAUCAGUACUCGAUUUUUCAGGGAAGACAACAUUAACAAGAAUUGGAGGUCGUUACCAGGCGCAAGCGGUCUGGCGUCUGAUAAUAGCAUGCUGAGUGAACGAGGUCGCUCACAAGCGAAGGAAUGUGCUGAGAGGUUCCGAAAUGAAAACAUCGCCCAUGUGUUCGCCUCGCCCUUCGACAGGACGAUACAAACAGCAUCGAUAAUUGUUGCUGACAAGAACUUAUUAGUUAAGCCAGAGCCUGGACUAUGUGAGGCGUUAUAUUUGUGUGAGAAGCCAGUCGGAUUCUGGGAAACGAAUAAUCUGAAAGAGAAAUAUCCACUGGUUGACACUGACUACAUCCCAGUUUACUCAAAGCAUACUCUACCAAAGGAAGGCUUUGGCGAUGAUGCAUGCUUGCCACGCGUACGAAAUACGUUGAACCGUGAUCUUCUCUUGGUGAGUCAUGGAGCACCCAUAGGAGCUAUCCACGAAAUAUGGAACGGUGACUUCAAGUAUGUUGGUCAGGCGACUGUCUCGAAGUUCGUUGAGGUAAACAGUGGUAAAUUCCGCAUGGAAUUCAGCAGCGAUGCUAGUCAUCUAUCUGAUAAACGCAAUCUACGCCCAUGGUGA